GCUGGAUGCCCGGGCAAAAAAGGGACAAAAAGGAUGGAGCCCAUGCCUCGCCUUGACCUUUGACCGCCAUUGACAAGGUCGAGCAAACCCACAUCUCACAUCCGCGCGCCCACACAAAGCGAACAAACCACACAAACUGCAGCAUCCGCGCCCACAAUCCAUGGCGGGCUGGCGGCCGAGUCGCUGGGCCCCUGCCAUGCGAGGCCAGCCCCGGCCGUGCCAUGUCAUCCUCCAUCAUCUGCCCAGGGAUGCGGACGGGGGACGGGUUCACGCAUGUUUUAGGGGCGUUCCCGGGAGCAGAUGGAUAAUUACAGCCAGCUGAUGCUAUCGACGACGCAGCAUGAUGAUGUCUGGGAAUGGGAAACCCAGCUGUGUCUCGCAAGGUCAUCCGGGCACGCAUUGAUUCAUUUGGUUUGGCGGGGAUGACUCGGAAUGGACUGGACAACAACAAACAACAGCACAACUGAGACCCGACCAUGGCUCAUGGUUGCCCAAUUCCGCCGUCUUGUGCCGGUGCAUCUGGCAUUCCGUCCCUAUUCUGCAAGGUCCGUGUCGACGUGGUCCUGGUCCACCCUUGAUGCGGUUCGCGAGCCCAACCAAACUAUUCAAUUGCUUCCCAAUGCCGAGUUCAUGGCCGUCAUCUCUGCUGAUUGCCCGUUCAUGCCGUCCGCCUCGACAGCUCGCAAUCUCGACUCCACAGUCCAGUGGGUGCUCCCGGCGGCCCCUUGGUUCCAUCGUCCUCCCUGGAAGAUGCUUGGAACGAUCCACACAUGGAGUCUCGUCCCGGGAUUCACUCGAGACGGCCACCACCCGUCGAUCGCCGGAAGAAAAAACAAAACCACACGCUGCGGACUCGUGAGACCCGGGGGCAGACGGAGCUUUGUUAAGCCAUCAUGCCAAAUUAGAGAGGACCACUGCGCACAUACUCGAUAUGACGCACCGGGACGCCGGGCACUAGCGUCCACAACCCACCGCGCGAUCCCGCAUCGACGUUCCGACAGCAGCCCCCCAGCGAACUCUCCCAGCGUCUCCAGGCGUCCGUCCAGCGCCCAGACCCCCUGGGAUCUGAGCCUGACCUUCGCUUGCUGCCCUUCUGCGCUCCCAGAUCCCUCAGCUCGAUUUCCCCCGCGCCCAUCGCCCAUCGCCUCGUCCGUCGCCAUGGGCAUCGUGGGGAUAUCGCUUAUCGUCGCCUCCGUCGUCUGGGUCAUCCUCCGCCCGCCCCCGUGGCUGACUCCCCUCCAGGUGCUGUUGCGCUGGAAGGGCGCAGGCGCAAUCACUGGCUCUGACGCAAAAGCAAAGGCCGAUGACCGUGAUCAAGGGUCACAUCACGGGGUAGAACCGGGUCGACGGGCUGAACCGGGCACUCAGCUCAAGAACCGAACCACGCCUGCCUCGUCCGACCGUGACCAACAUCAACGCCAGGUACCUCUCGGCCGUCGCGAUGGCUCUUCAGCCUCCUCCACACAGCUACGCGAUGCUGUCUCCAUGCCGCCGCCGCCUCCGCCCUUCAUCCAACCUCCAACCCUCAUCGAACCCCCGACCAUCACCGAACCUGACGAACAAACCACCCCGAAGGCCACCCCAGCAAGUGUACCCUCGAUCCUCGUACCCAGCUUUUCCCUCGACAAUGUCCCUCUCAGUUCCACUCCCAGCCGGCCGACCGCUGCUGCUCUCGCUCGGGCCCCCGGUGCUCAAGGCCCCACUCUCUAUGCCACCGCUCCGACAUCCCUAGGCUCCAUGAUGCCCCCUCCUCCGGCCCCCGGACGCAUGCCACCACCGGCCGGCCGUCCCCCGUCCCUCGCCCAGUUCCCGGCCCCCAACUCCGCCCAGCGCGCUCGCGGCCCGACCCCGAACCGUGGUGCUCCCACGUCCUCCGGCCUCGCGCCGCCUCCCUCCCACUCCUCCAAGCCCUCGAAGCCCAAUCGCAAGGUCCUCCUCACUCCGGGCCACUCCCCUCUUGACUGGGCUCGCAUCUCCGGUCCCAAUGCUGACCUCCGUGGCGUUGAACCAUCCACAUCCUAUCUACGAGUCACGCCCUCCAUGCUCAAGCGUAUGACUGGUCGCAAGGGCAAGGACGCCUGGAUGGCCCUCAAUGGCAAGGUCUACAACGUCACUCCCUACGCUGACUACCACCCCGGUGGCGUUCCGGAGUUGAUGCGCGGCGCGGCUCGGGAUGCUACCAAGCUCUUUGGCGAGAUCCACCCCUGGGUCAACUACGAAACCAUGCUGUCCGCCUGUCUGGUCGGUCUCUUGGUUGAGGAGCCUGAGGGCACCGGGGAGAGCGCGAUGGACCAGAUGGACUAG